CACACACUCCCUCCCCCUCUCCGCUUGUUUCCAGCAGCUCAGUCCAGCAGCAGAAACACAAGUAGCGGGCUAGCAUGGCGCUCGGUGCGGCUGGAGUUCCGUUGUCUCGCCCGUGUCUUUUUUCACGUUAGCUUUUACUCAACUAUCAGACAGAGGCGUGUUUUGUUUUUUUGUUUUGUUUGUUCUUUGUUUUCUGCGACACGUUUCACGCCUUUAAAAGAAGACACGUAGCGGGAGAACAACAGUAGUUGGCGAAUACUCCUGAUAAAGUGGCUUGUAUAUUCCAGGUAGCCUGCUAACUAGUUAACGUUAGCAAGAAAGCAAAAAUUGGGAGAUACGGGGCAACAAGAGGUGGAGUCCUGUUUUGGAAGAGCUGAUGCAGAUGCCAUGGCCACAGCCGAGGUAUGGGAGUGACGUGACAGCGCUGGUCCUGCUUCCAAACUCAAAACCUCCUCAGCAUCAUGUUCUUCUGCUGAAGUAGUGGCAGAACACGUAGAGAAUGGACGAGUCAAUAUUGUUGGAUUUGCUUGAGUGCCCCGUAUGUCUGGAGCGACUGGAUGCCUCUGCGAAGGUUCUACCUUGUCAGCACACCUUCUGCCGGCGUUGCCUUCAGGGCAUCCUAGGUUCGCGUGGAGAGCUGCGCUGCCCGGAGUGCAGGACGUUGGUGGAGUGUGCCGUGGAUGAGCUCCCCAGCAACAUCCUUCUCGUGCGCCUGUUAGACGGCAUCAAGCAGAGGCCUCGGAGAGCUGGUCCUGGGCCAGGAGUCUGCACAAAUGGGACAUCUGGAGCCGUGGCCAGAGCGCACGGCAGCGGGACCAGGGAGCAGGGCACCCCAGGAGCACAACCCCAGCGAGCUCAGGCUAAGAGUACCCUCGUCCGGGGUGUACCCCAGCUCCCUUGUGCCAAGGCGCUCUACAACUAUGAUGGCAAGGAACCAGGUGACCUCAAGUUUAGCAAGGGUGACAUUAUUAUCCUGCGCCGGCAAGUGGACGAGAACUGGUACCACGGGGAGAUGGCUGGAGUCCACGGCUUCUUCCCCACCAACUUUGUCCAGGUCAUCAAGCCACUGCCUCAACCACCACCUCAGUGCAAAGCUCUGUAUGACUUUGAGCUCAAAGACAAGGAGGCAGACAAGGACUGCCUGCCCUUCUCCAAGGACGACAUCUUGACUGUGAUCCGCAGAGUGGAUGAAAACUGGGCAGAGGGAAUGCUGGGAGAUAAAAUUGGAAUUUUUCCCAUCUCAUAUGUUGAGUUCAACUCGGCAGCUCGGCAGCUUAUAGAGUUGGACAAGCCGUCAGACUCCAACGGUGAAUCUGGUGAGGGGGCCUCCUCGGGGCCCCAGAGCAAUGGCGCUCAGCGGGCAGGGGAGAAGAAGAACAGCAAGAAGCGACAUUCUUUCACCUCUCUGACCAUGUCCCACAAACCCAUGCUAGCCCCUCCCCCCCAGCGCCACUCCAUGGAGAUCAGCGGGCCGGUCCUUAUCAGCUCCAGCAACCCCACAGCAGCUGCCCGGAUUGGAGAGAUCAGUGGGGGGCUUUCCUGCAGUGCACCUUCACAGGUUCACAUUUGCACAACUGGACUAAUCGUGACCCCGCCCCCUAGUAGUCCUGUUACUACAGCAACGGUCUUCACAUUUCCUUCAGAGACGAGCUUCACAUCUAUCCCAGUGGAUGCUCUCCCACCGCCCCCACCUCCUCCCCCACAGUCCUCCGUCGACGGCGCAGCAUACUCAUUGGCUGCCGGACAGAGACCAUCCCCCAGCAUAAGCGACCAAAGUGGGAGACAAAGACCCACAGUCUAUGUGGCUAUGUUCCCUUAUACACCCCGUAAGGAGGAUGAGCUCGAACUGAGGAAGGGAGAGAUGUUUCUGGUGCUGGAACGCUGUCAGGACGGCUGGUUCAAGGGCACCUCCAUGCACACUGGCAAGAUUGGAGUCUUUCCUGGGAACUACAUGAGCCCAGUCAGCAGGACUGCCCCGGGGAGCACACAGUCCAAAGUGCCCAUGAGCCUGUGUACUCAGGCUGGGAGAGGGAUCACCAUCGUCAGCCCCUCUUCUGCUCCCCUCGGGGCCAUUGUUUCAGGUCCUGACUUCAACAAACCCCUCACCGUGUGCUCCAGUGCCGUACCUGCCAACUCCCAGUCUGCAGCUGUGGUCACAGCAGCUCAAACAGCCACAGGUCAACAGCCAAAAGUCCCUCUGCACGUCAGCUCCCAGAUGACUGUGAAUCAGGCUCGCAAUGCGGUCAGGACAGCUGCAUGUCACAGUCAGGAUCGGCCCACAGCAGCUGUGACACCAAUCCAGUCUGCCACACCUGUCACCUAUCUCCCACACCUCGCAGUGUGCCCGCAGCCUUCCAACAGUCCUGCACAAGGCUGCACCCGGGCUGGAGUGGCAAUGGGCUGCGCCGCCACCUCUCUGACCCCACCCAACGUCAGCGCUGCAUCCUUGGACAGUGACGCUUUGAGACCUGUACCCAUCCUCACGGUGCCUGUCGGCCCUGUGAACAGCUCUGCUCUCAUUCCGGCAGCUAACAGCACGGCUCUGGCCUGCAGAAUGGACAAAGACGGCAAGAGAGAAAAGAAAAGUCUUCUGAAGCUGUUGUCCUCCAAUAAGAAGAAGUCUCGUCCUUCACCGCCCUCGUCUCCUACCCUUGAGGCAGAACAGGCUGCUGCUGGAGAGCUGCUACACGGCGCAGUGGGCCCCGACACCUCCCCUCCUUCCGGCUCUGUCGGCUGCCUCGAGCCUGAAACUGCUGCUGCUGCUGUCGCCUCUGCCUCUUCAUCAUCCUCCACCUCCUCCUCCACUUCCACGGCCCUGGAGUCAUCACAUCGGAAGAGCAGCCCUCUUGAUGGAUGUGCACCUAUCGCUCCUCCUCCUCGGCAGCCGUGCUCCUCUCUCUUAUCUCAACAACAUGACGCACGCCCCAUCAUAUGUGAGAGGUACAGGGUGGUGGUGUCAUAUCCUCCCCAGAGCGAGGCCGAGCUGGAACUUAAGGAGGGCGACAUUGUGUUUGUUCACAGGAAGAGGGAGGACGGCUGGUUCAAAGGCACGCUGCAGAGGAACGGCAGGACCGGACUGUUCCCCGGCAGCUUUGUAGACAGCAUCUAAUACUCACGGUGGACAACGUGACCGCCGCAAACCUCGCUACAGUGUCACAGUCCAAACCGUGACACGGAGUGGCUCAAGUCACUGAAAAGAGAACACCGGUGGGACAUGAGAGAGCAGGCUGCGUAAUAAAACAGAAGAACUUGUCGUCAUUGAAAGCACAGUGGACAGAGUUAGAGGAGAGCACACUACUCAUGAACUUUUUCCUUUUUGUCGGUUAUUUAUAUCUUUGUAACAAAUUCAGCUGUUAAAUGUGUGCCUUGUACUGUUCCUCACUUUAUUGUACAUAAGGACACAAAGAUGAUUAGUCCUAAAACAACCAAUAUGAGCUGUUGAUAUAGAUAUAUUACACAUUUUAACUUAUUUCAUAGAUUGGCCUUUUUUGUAGUGCAACACAUCAAGAGGUUAAGCUGGCACAUGCCUCAUGCCACAUCUCCCCCCAUCAGUUCUGCAUUCCUCUGACUGCUGAUUAAAGUUUUACUGAUAUUUCAGGCCGUCAGCAGAUCGGAGGAGAUAAAUCAGACGUGGCAGACCAGAACAAAUGAGCAGUAUCAUCAUCACUUGUGCUGUAGUGUAGGAAAAAGGACGCUUCUGCAGAUCUAAAGGCAUUACAUAAUCUGCCCUUAUUGCACAUUCGAGCACUCUAGCUACAGUUCACAGCCACGUGAACAUUGCACAUCAUAAAAUAUCUCUCUGGGUCCUUCACAGGGCUCGAGUUGUGGCUCCUGGUGUGGCUGAAGUGCGGAGGACUGUUACCUGCAGCGAUGGAAUAUUAGCUUGUGAUUAGAAAAAGUGGUGAUAGACGUGUUGCAGGACUGUUUGCCUUUUCAAUAUGCGGAAAACACACUCCAAGAUAGACGUUGCAGUUAAAUAUUGCUUACUUUGUACCUUCUUUGUAUUUACUGACCAGAGUAGCUUCACUCCUAUCCCCAAAACCCAGACGUAGCUCUGCAUCGCCAGAGUGACGAUAACAUUUCAGUAACGGUGCACAACAGAUACUUGUCAGCGUGUAUUUAUGUUCCUUUAUGAAUUCCACGGAGGCUGACACCUGCUGCUCAUAGAGAGUAACCUGAACACGCAGGAUGGCACACGCUCAGUUGUUUUCUACAUUAUAACUCAUUCCUAAUGUGACUUGGGGCAAUAAAAACACAGCUAGCUAAAGCACAGAAUGUUUGCCUAAAGUAACAUAUCAUUGUAUGUCACUCUACAGGAAGAGAUGUGUAGUGUAAGAUGAGACAAGGUUUUAUUGAAAUCAAUCACUUUGAUCCCCUUGAUGUUCUUUUUCUUUCUGGUUGGGUUUUGUUGUACAUCACAUGUCUACAAAUUGUUGUAUUGGCUACAAAAAGUGUUGUAUUGACUUAAAUGACUGAGUUUUUUUGUGAUAUGAGGGGUUUUGGUCGUAGUUUUGGUGCUUGAACAUUGAAACAUUAAAGGUGCACUAUGUAGUUUUGGGGUGAAAUCAGAAGAAAGAGAUCUUCAUUGAUUAUGAAACAAACAAAAUAGACAAACUCUUCAUUUUCAUGACUGAAUAAACUGAAUAAACAAACUGACUUUCAAGGACAACACAAUUUCAUGCGGUUUCAUUGUGUUUAUAUGUGGCGGACCCUGCCACUUUUCUAGCUUCAAACAGUGUUCAGGGGACCUUAUUUCCCUCUGAAAACAGCUUCUUUAGUCAGACAUAGAAAUGAUAAAUAUCCCCAAGUUUGUAUCAUCUUAUUAAAAUUGUAAAUGUUAAAAUUCAGAUUUUUUUUCACCAAAACUACACAGUGCCCCUUUAAGAAUAGGCAGGUUUAGAAUGAAUAUGUUGGAGAAUGAAGUCUGUUGGAGAAAAAAAAAAAAACAUUGGAUAAAUGAAUGAAAUUCUCCGAAGUUAACGCUGACGUGGUCGACGGACUCGUGCUGCUUCAGUGGAGCCCACAACAUUUAAUGUAAUGUGUCUUAUUCAUCUGAAGUCUUACGAGGUCUAAGGGGGGUAUUUAAACACUUUAAGGUUGAGGCAAUCACUGAAUCGUGCCAAAUCUGGCCUCGAGAAAUGAAUUUACUGACUGAAUCUGACCCGUAGUUUCAAGUGUGUCUUUUCUGUUUUAUUAUUUUGUUGUUAAUUGAGGGGGACCACUGUGUAACUGACUGCUGGAAUAUAUUGUAGUUUGUUUGAAAUUCGAAGAGAACGUGGAAAAUGAUGGUACAAAUCACUGUUAGGGCCUUUUUUAUUUUGUCUUUCUGAAUUGGUACUUAUUUAGAAUUAAUCUGAUAUAUGUUGGCAUUGUUGUCUUGGCAAUCACCACACCAACCUCAGGCUCUAUGCUAAACUCUUCCUCUUGAGUGUCACUGGUAAAGCCUUUAAUGUACACAUCAGACUUACUCCAACACACAUUUAUGCACUAUUCUAAUAUUUCUAAUCAUACUGACUUCUCGUUCAUGCGUACGCUGCACAGAUCUCAAAACAUGAAGCAUUUCUUACAGGAGUUACUAAACUAUAUUUUCAUUUAUUGGAACACAUGGCAACGAAUGUUUGCUUGAUCCAACUUAACAGAUUUUCCUCAUGCCAAGGUGACUUACUUGAUUUUUUUUUUUUUUUUUUUUGUCUAUAGUUAGUCUGUUGUAUGUCUGAAAAUGGUGAAACUGAAAUCAACUUAUUUCGCACAAGUCUAUUAUGUGAAAAAAAAAAACGUUCUGAAGUAUUUGAGGGAAUAGCACAUUUUGUAAAAAUCUAUAUAACAAUAAAAGCUAAUGGUUUCCAUAA